AUGACUCCCCCAAAAUUAUCUGUUGCUGUUAAACAUUCCGAAGCCCGAAUGGAUGUGGGUUACUGUCGCCGUGAUGUCUUGGGCAUUGCCCACGACCUCGUCAGCCAAGCUCCUGGCAACCGCAUCGAACCAAGUCGUCUCAAGGCCGCUGGUAUCCGCACGGCUCCCUUGACCCUCGAGCCCGGAUCAGGGCACCUGCCUCAGUUUUUUGCCCCAUACAACCAAGAACUGCCAGCCCCAGAGAAGCCGUCGCUGUCAAUGUUUGAUGAGGUCAUUAUUGAUGAUGGAUUGCAUACACCGAUCGAAAAUGCGAGGGGUAUCCUUAAGGUCUUUGAUGAUUACGACCAUCAGUUCUACUACUAUUCCCUCGACGCCUUCAAAGACGGGGAUUCCCGACUCUUUUGGCAAUUUGAGCGUGCACGUCUUCUGAAUGCGAAACUUCGCGAGCAUGACGUGGCUCCGGUUCUGCUGUAUUAUUUCAUGGCUCCUCGACAUGCACGAGUGUUCGAGGGUCACUUUGAUGGCACCUCUGUGAUCAUCCGAUACACCAAGUUCUUUGUCUUUACCUCCUUGGAUGAGAAGGCGCUGAGAUUGUUCAUGGCGUACUGGUUGGGUGGCGCCUGUGCAGACACCAAGAUCAAGCAAUGCCAUUAG